AGAUGCAUGGGUCGUAUGUAGGAUGUGGCGACCGGUUCCCUUAAUCUGCUCUCCACGUCAGACAAAAGACCCAUGGUGCUACAUAUUCGAUUUGGUGCCGUGCUGAAGUUUCGACCUCUGGGGUAAGAAGUCACUUUAGAAGAAAAAUACAUAUUUGAAGACGUUACGAAGAAAACCUGUACAAUCCAGCAACAGAAAAAGUCUGGUGGAAAAGAUCUGGUGGAGAUAUUCGUAAAAUUGGAUUUCAAUGAAAGUGUUAUGUAGUGAAGAUAGUAAUUCUACCAUUAGUGUUAACAUGUUAAAUAAAGCUAUUAAAGAAUGGUUAGCUGAUUAUAAAGGAUUACCAGAUGCAGAAAUUCAUUCGUUUGCAUCAACAUUGAGAGAAAAUAAAGAGUUAGUUAUAGCUUUAUAUCAACUGUUUGAAUCACAACCAAAUGAGUACUUGGAUCCAGUUUGUCAUCAACUGUACGAGUUUUACCGUUCUGUGGAACCAGAGUUAAGAAGAUUUGCUGUAGAGUUUGUACCCAGUCUCAUCUGGUUGUAUUUGCGCACACUGAGUGCCAAUGAUAAAAAGAGUUGUGGAGGUGUGGAAGCUUUUUUAUUAGGAAUUUAUAAUUUGGAUAUAGUUGAUUCUGUGGGGAAUUUAAAAUUUCAUACGUUCCGCAUUCCAAACCUGGGAAAAAAGUCUAUUUAUCAUCAGGUAAAUAUUGAUAGUACCACAUCGUUAACUGCAAGCGUUUUAUCACGAUAUAAUACCGAGGCUACCUGGAAGAGUGGACCACUUUCUCAGUAUGAAAGUAUCAACGGUCAAAACAGGCACGCCAUCUUAGCUCAUUUAAUCCAGUGUUAUUAUUGUGAUAUAGCCUCACUUUCAACUCGGUCACAUCAAGCUUUCUGUAAGGCUUGUAGUAGGAUUUGUUCAGCUGGAUUUAGUAACUUAGAUUCCUAUGCUAGUACAGGAUAUAAUAGUCCAGAUUAUCACAAUACAGAUAAAUGUAAUGGUAUAAUACAUGAAGAACGUCCAGUACCUAGAUUAGCAGUUAGCCCAGCAUUAUUAGUAGAAAUGUUGUCGUGUUUAUAUUUCAUAAUGUAUAAUGGCGAGCCUAAUUUAGGUGUACAAGCCGUAGAAGACAUUCAUGCUCGAGGAUCAUACGAACUGUAUGCUGAUGUCUUGAUAGUGACGAGUGCCAUUCGUAAUUCAUUGAAGGUGAAUCCUACAGGACAACCAGUUGAUGGCUUGAUGGGAAUAAAAGUAUCAUCAACCAAUACAUCAUCAUCUACAUCACUGGCUAAAUCAGCGAUAACAAAUGCUUCCUUUAGAACUAAAAAACUUCCAGAUGAUAUCCCAGUCGUAGAAGAUACCGAAACAUCGUCAAAUAAAUUAGCAUCGAUCGAUGAAGAUACUGGUAGCGAUGGCCAAUCAAACACACCAAGCAACCAGAGCAGUAAACAUAACUUUAAGAUUCCAGGACUCCCUAAUUUUGGUAAAGGGGGUAAGAAGGAUAAAUUAAGAGGAAAGGACAUGCGAAAGGAUUCCGAUGCUAGUAUGAAGUCAUCGUCGGCUACUCAAAAUGGCGAUUCUUUGAGCAGUGACGUUGUUAAUGUGGCUGUGUCGCGAAACCCGUCGAAAAUUGUGGACUCAAUCGAGCUGCAGCCAAUGGUAAAGAAGAGUGCUAGCUUGCAUGAUGAAAGUAACAUGACUGUUUCUAACAGCUCAGAUGAUUCGGCAAGCAAUCAUUCAGAUAGUGUGGGAUUUUUGGGACAUUCAAGUAGCACAAGUACCAUUCGGGAAAAGAAAAACAAUCUGACAAAUAGCUUAACCAAUCCAGACUCACUUAGCACUGACAUGUGAUUAAGUUAGCUAGUAAUUUGGCAAUUUCUAAGAAUAGUUUGAAUUCCCCAAUCCUGAUAUGGCGGCAAGAUUUUAUAUUUUGAAUCCUGAAAUUUAGAAUUUUUAGUGUUUAUUUUAGAUGUUAUUUUAUUUUCACGAAAAUUGCUUAUGUAGUAUUUAUUGUAUUCUUCCACUGCUGUGACAAAAUGUUACAAUAUAUUGUUUGGCACUUUAUAGUGGUAGAUUUGUUGGCUAUAGUAUUAUGAUUUGGAUAUUACCUUUAUCAUGGUUUUCAAGUUGAAAUGUUAAAGGGCAUAUAACUCUCACCCAAUAUUAUCAAUAAUAUUCGAUAUUAAAAACACGAUUUAGAACUCAAUAUUGGUCCAAUUUUGUUAUCCUACCGUGAAAAUCUAGGAUCCUGAUAUCCAAUAUUUGGGAGACAAUGUCCGUCUCUAUGGUCUAUGAGCGCAAUUCGUAAUGAACAAAGCAAAACAUACCGCACAAGUCAUUGCGCAAGUAAUUCAAAAUGGCUGAUCCACCUACGAAAAAGUUGUCAACGGAUGCAAAUGACUAGCAUUCAUUUUGGACUGCUAACAUAUUUCACUUAACAUAACUGAUUAGAAAUUACAGUUAGAUUUAGAAAAUUUAAUGUAAAUCAGAUUUAUAUAUAAUCUUUAAGUGGCAUUUAGCGAUUGGAAAACACAUUAAAAGAACACAAUUUUUAUGGGAAACAAU